AUUAUGAACUGAAACAUGAGGAUGCUCACCCACCUCCAACGCCCGCAGAAGGAGCGCCGCGGCACACUCAGCACCGGGCGGGCACACGGCGGUCCGCCGCCCCCCUCAGCGCGCAAUGGGGCGGGGUUCGGCGCCGCCCCUCCCCGAGACGAUGGCGCGGGUGCUGGUGGGGGCCGCAUGAGCACGAGCCGCAGCGCGCGGGACGCCGCCUGCACUGCCGACCUGGGCGCGCAGUACGUCAGCCGGAGCGCGGGGUCGCGCGGCAGUUUCUACGAGGAGCUCCUGUCUCACGGCAUCCUGAAGCCGCUGUCUGCGCGCAUUGAGGGAUUGGUGGAGAAAGAGGGCAGCUGUGACUACGUGGCGCCUCAGGGCAUCUCCUCCGUCGUCAAGUACUUUUUGCGGCAGUCCGGUGCGGAUGUCUUCUAUGAACACCACGUAACUCAUAUCACUCUCCGAGAUGGGAAGUGGGAAGUCUCCAGGAAAAUGGGAUCACCAGAACUGUUUGAUGUAGUCAUUCUCACGAUACCUGUUCCACAAAUCCUUCAGCUGCAGGGUGACAUUGUAAACAUAAUUAAUGAAAGGCAAAAGCAGCAACUGGAAUCAGCAAGCUACUCCUCCCGCUAUGCUCUGGGACUUUUUUAUGAAGUCGGUGCACGGAUUGAUGUUCCCUGGGCAGCAAAGUACAUCACCGAUAAUCCCUGCAUACGCUUCAUCUCCAUCGAUAACAAGAAACGCAAUAUAGAUUCUCCUGAAAUUGGACCCUCAGUUGUAGUUCAUACAACGGUGACAUUUGGAAGAGAGCAUCUGGAUUCAGACCCUGCAGAGGUGCAGCAGCUAAUUCUCAGCCACCUGGAGAGCCUUGUGCCCUCCCUGCCCAAAGCAGCUAGUGUCAAGUGUCAGAAGUGGAGAUACUCACAGGUUACAAAAGCUGUGCCCAAUUGUCCAGGACAAAUGAUUCUUCAUACUCAACCUCUCCUGAUUUGUGGGGGCGAUGGAUUUACUUGUUCCAACUUCGAUGGCUGCAUAGAGUCUGCCAUGAGUCUUGCAGAGACUGUGAGGUCUCAUUUAUAACUGUUGCAGUUCACUGCUAAACAUAGUCUAGAUUUAUGAUUAAUUUUUUUUUAUGAUGGAUUGAAUUCUAGUUUAGUAUUAAAGCCACUGGCUUCUAUCUUGCAAAAAAUAAAGUAAUAAAGGAA